AUGGGAGGCGAAGCAGUGUGGACAGACGUCACUUCGUAUGCCACAUUCGCCCCCAGCACGGAUAGUAAACACCGUCGUACGACGCCACCGCGUUCACCACAGCCGUCGACUUCCUACGCAGCGGCGGCCAUGCUAGCCUCGUCUCCCAAGACGCAGGCAGCACCCAAACCAAAAUCACCAACACCACCGCCAUCUAAGGCGCAGGAACAGGAGGGCGCCCCACAGACAGCAAGCACCAUCGCACACCGCCACCGCGUUCACCGCAACAUCUUACGCAGCGGCGGCCAUGUUAGCCUCGUCUCCCAAGGCACAGGCAGCAUC